AAUAUAAUACUCUCAGAGCUGCUCAUGUACACUAUAACAUAAUGGGAAACAUUUGCAGCUAUGUAUUAUUUUAGAUAUUUGGAGAAUGAAGAGAGGCUUGUGUAUCAAAGCAUUGCAAUCAAAUGCACAACACCACUCCUGUUAUUAUAUAAUGCUAUUGCAUCUAGAGGUCACCCAUAGGUCUUUGAUUUAGAAAAAUUUAGAUUUAGAAAAGCCCUGCAAUUUUACAGACUCUUUAGAAAGCACACACACCUCCGUAAGUCAGUCACUGGGCAUUUUUAAAGUAUUGAAAAGAGCAGUUAUAACAUUUUGAUAAUUGGAGAUUUCUGAAACAGCAUUUGGACAAUUUGAUUGUGCAAUUUAAUUAUCAAAGUGUUAAUCAAAGGGAUUGUGACACAAAGAUAAAAAAAAAAAAAAAAUUACACUUUUUGCAUGCCCUUUGGCUUGUAAAUCUGAGGGGGCAUUUGCAGUUUGAAUGGGCAUGACGCUUCUGUGCUCACACACACACACACACACAUCCACGUCACUUAGCAGUGAUUUCCUUCAUUAGAGGCUGUAUUAGAAUAAGGGAAGUUGUAUCAGAUUGAGGAAGCUAUUGGUCUUUUUCUUGCCUUCCCCGCUGCUUUUCUCAUGAGUAGAACAUAUGAAGAUUGAGAGAAAGAGUGUUUUGUUGCUGGUCACAGUCGUGUCUCUAAGAGUUCAGAUCAUGACUAAGAGUAUGUCCUGGCUUCGCAGUCCUGCACUCACUGCCGCGCACCACCGCAGGUGCUUCAGUGAUACAUCAGAUAUAUUUGCAAUGAUAGAGUUAAUGCAGAGCAGCAGAAUGGAUGAGCAGAGGGGCACUCUUCCACCUCCUCUCAAAACAGAGGAAGACUACAUUCCUUAUCCCAGCGUCCAUGAGGUUUUGGGACGAACAGGCACUUUACCACUCAUUCUGCUGCCCCAGUUUGGGGGUUACUGGAUUGAAGGGACCAAUCAUGAUUUAGGCUCCUCCUCCACACCAGAGGAACCGCCCCCUUGCCCCGCAUCACAGGUUAAACUGGAGACGAACAGCAUCGCCAAUAUCUAUAGGAAACACUUCCUGGGCAAGGAGCACUUUAAUUAUUACUCAGUGGACAGCGCUCUGGGCCACCUGGUCUUCUCGGUGAAGUAUGAUGUGAUUGGAGACCAGGAGCACCUUCGACUGAUGCUUAGGUCAAAGUUUAAAACCUGCCAUGAUGUGAUACCAAUUUCUUGUCUGACCGAGUUCCCUAAUGUUGUCCAGAUGGCGAAGCUCGUCUGUGAAGAGGUGAAUGUGGAUAGAUUUUAUCCUGUCUUAUACCCAAAGGCAUCCAGGCUUAUUGUGACCUUUGAUGAGCACGUAAUCAGCAACAACUUCAAGUUUGGAGUCAUCUACCAGAAAUUUGCACAGACAUCAGAAGAGGAGCUAUUCGGAAACAAUGAGGAAAGUCCAGCUUUUGUUGAGUUUCUGGAGUUCUUGGGAGAGACGAUUGAACUUCAUGAUUUUAAAGGCUUUCGUGGAGGCCUGGAUGUGGCACAUGGACAGACAGGAAGUGAGUCAGUCUAUCACAACUUCCACAAUAAAGAGAUAAUGUUCCACGUGUCCACAAAGCUCCCAUACACUGAAGGUGAUACCCAGCAGCUGCAGAGGAAGAGGCAUAUAGGAAAUGACAUCGUGGCCAUUGUGUUCCAAGAAGAAAAUACACCGUUUGUACCCGAUAUGAUUGCAUCAAAUUUCCUUCACGCUUACAUAGUGGUGCAAGUGGAGAACGCCUGCACUGAAAACGUCCUUUAUAAGGUAUCUGUGACGGCAAGAGAUGAUGUGCCUUUCUUUGGCCCUGCCCUUCCAGACCCAGCGGUCUUUAAAAAGAGUCCAGAGUUUCAUGAGUUCCUCUUGACCAAACUGAUCAAUGCUGAAUAUUCCUGCUGUAAAGCGGAGAAGUUUGCAAAGCUGGAGGAGAGGACACGUUCUGCUCUGCUGGAGACUUUAUACGAGGAGCUGCAUGUGAACAGCCAGUCCAUGAUAGGACUCGGAGGAGAUGAUGACAAGCUGGAGAAUGGAGGAGGAGGCGGCAGUGGCUUCUUUGAGUCUUUUAAGCGAGUAAUCCGCAAUAGAAGUCAGUCUAUGGAUGCCAUGGGCCUCAGCAACAAAAAACCACACACCGUCUCCACAAGCCACAGCGGAAACUUUACACACAACCCACCAGACGCCCCCAAAACACCCGGCAUUUCCUUGAUUAUUCCUGGAAAAAGCCCAACCCGUAAGAAAUCUGGUCCAUUCAGUUCCAGGAGGAGCAGUGCCAUUGGGAUUGAGAACAUACAAGAGGUUCAGGAGAGAAGUCGCGAAGUGUCCCCUAGUCCACAGAGGACAUCUGAUGGUGGACACACAACUCAGGACUUCAGAUUAGACAACUCACCCAGUCAGAGCUCUCCUGAGAUGCAGAUCACCAGGAUUGGUUCGGCCCUGUGCUGUCGAGCUCCCUCCAUCCCGGAGUCUCAGGAUCUGUCUCGCUCCUCGUCCAAUGCCAGUAGCUUCACAAGCGUGGAGGAAAAGAACGAGCAGGAACAUGAAGUGACAGAGGACUACGACACCGGACUGGAGAGUCUGUCUUCAGCCGGUACGCCUCACAAACGAGAUUCCUUCACAUACAGCGGUGUGUGGUUGGAAGACGGCUCUGGUACUGCUAGUCAGAGCAGCUCACAGGGUCCCUUUCGACAGCAAUCUGAACCUCGUCCAAAAACAGAGAGACAACACUCGAACUGCUAGCUGUCCUGUAGGCUGUAGAUGACUUCAUGGAUGUCCAUCAACAGCAUUUUCAUAAGCUGCCCUCUGCAGCGGACACUCGACGUGAGUUCCUGUAGAGACACAGAUGUGAAUGGGAUCGAACUGCUAGCUCCAGCCCUGCGGCGCACAGUCGGGCAAGUGUGCAUCAGACGGACACAAGCCCUUUAUCUUCUAUCAUGUGGCUGUUGGUCUGUAGACAAAAUAGCAAACCUGCCUGGCUUGUGCUGAAGGCUGGUACACAUCGAGAAGAACAGAAAAGAGCUGCCAGCUGGCAAUGAAUCACACAUGAUUAUGGCCUUAUCAUAGGCUGCUUGCUUUCUUUUCUUUUCUCAUUCAGUGGGUUUGGGUUUUAUUUGUCAUAUUUAUUUAUUUAUUGAGGCUCACUGCGGUGAGUAGAUCUUUUAGUUACGGGGUGGUAAGCUGUCACUGCUUACGACAUCUUUAAGAAAAACAAAUGAGGUUCAGCAUAAACCCAUCAUGCACUGUAAUACACAUCUAUGUGUGGUUCUGUUUUGUUGUCAUAAUGUAAUGAUGUUGAAAAUGAGUAUAGGUAAAUGUUAAAUGUUGUUCUUCAGCAUAGUUCUCUAUCUGGCAUCGAGCACCCAAGCCGUUUCUGCAUCCCAUAAUUUAGGAUUAAUAGAUCAGGUGUGAUAUGCUGUUUUAAAUAUUAUUUAUUAAGAUUAUGCUGUUUUACUGAUCAAUAUAUUUUUGUAAGGCCGCAGCUGUCUGUGUGUAAUCUGUGCACUAAUGUAAUAGUGUCAUGUUUUAAAGCUAGCUGUGCAGAUUAAAACAUCAGUGUCUCUCAAGUCAGAUAUAUUGAAGUCCUGAAGAUGUUUUAGCUUAUAUUAUGUGUGAGCAAUAUGAAUGUAAAUCUGCAGACACAUGUGAUAGUGGAUGUGGAUUAGGGAAUACACUUGGUCGAAAUAUAUUCAUCAGAUGCUUUGUUCAAUACCAAAUGUUAUGUAUUCUAUUUUGCUUUCAAACCCAAAUACACGUUUUAUUCAUUUAA